GGCAACCUAACGCUCAUACUCAGUAGGAAAACCUUGAGCGUCAAAUAAAUAAACCAUAUAACUGCAUAAAUAAUACGCUGAGACUCACAUGGACAAAAGCAAGAUGGAGAAACUUGAAGACAUCGAAAUAUUUUUGAAGAAUGUUGACACAAUAAAUGAGCUAGUAAAGGAUCUGGAUUCCUCUGAUGUUGAAGUCCAGCACAAAGCAAUGGGUAAAGCUGAUAGCUUCAUUGCUGCUUUGGAUCAGCCCGGCUGCAGGACAAAAGUCAACAAGACUACAAUUAACACAAACCCACCUCCCCAGCCUUCCUCGAGUGUGCACAAUGAAAGUCCAGGCAGAUGACUCACCAUGCACUAUACUAGAAAGAGAGAGAAUUUCAUGAAGAUCAUGGAGAAGGAUGCUGAAGAGAGGAGUGUGAGAAGGAUCGAAAGAGAGAAAAAGGCAACUGCCCUCAAAGACAGGGGGAAUGAAGCUUUUGCUCUCGGAGACUAUGAAACUGCUCUGAAGUAUUACAGUGAUGGCUUAGAGGAGCUACGGGAUAUGCAGCCAUUGUACACCAACAGAGCACAGACCUACAUGAAGCUGGGAAAGCAUGAGGAGGCCGUCAGUGACUGUGAAUGGGCUCUGAAGUGUAAUGAGAAGUGCAUAAAGGCUUACCUACUCAUGGGGAAAGCAUAUCUAGCAUUGAAGAAUUAUAAUGAGUCAAGAAACUGCUUUGAAAAGAUAGAGGAGAUAGAACCGGGGAAGGAUAAAAUGGCUAAAGAACUCCUGAUGCAGGUCAACUUGGUAGAGGAAAAAGAGAGUCAGGAGUUAAAGGCAAUGCAAGAGUUUGACAAGGGAGAGGGGAAGGCAACAACAGUGCACCAGCUGCUGGAGAAGCUGUCAAAGCCUGGCCAAAUGCCCUUCUACUAUUGUGGAGGACUGGACAUUCUGUCACAGGCAGUCAGUGACUGUACAGACCAGACCCUUUUCAGACUCAACAACGGCUUCAGUAUCAUCAGCAAUGACAUGGUGAGGAGCUGCCUGUUACAGGAAACAAAGGGUCCAGACCACCAGGAGUUGUGUGCUUCUGUUCUGAAGUUAUGGAGAGUUAUUUGUUAUGGAAAUGAUGAAAACCAAAAGCUGUUGAUGACAUGCCCGGUCACCAGACAGUCCAUCGUUGACUUGGUUACAUCAGAGCAUGUUGCAGUCCGGCUGGAAUGCUUGGCAUUGCUGUAUAUGUUCUCAGAGAAACCACACGGCAGACGUUUGGCUAUUGACAACCUAAAUAUUUUCUCGUUGGCGAGGAACCUCAUGAAGUGCAUUGCAGAGCCAAAGCGGCAGGAAGAGAACACAGCAGUCCAUAUUCUGGAAAAGUUUGCAGUUGAAAACAAAUUUCACAAACAGCUCAGGAGUGUGUUAACAGACUCUGUUAUCUUGCCAUUUACAACAAUACUGAAAAACGUCAGCCCAUCGAGUCGGCAUGUCCUUCCAUCCCUGAUAUCCACUGUUGACCAUCUGGCUAGAGAUGAUGUCAUCCAUCGCAAUUUUGCUCUCAAUCCAGAGUGUUGGAAAGCUUUUCUGGAUGCUAUUAAGCAGAGCAUUGUAUGUGAAUACAAAGAGGUGCUUUACCCUCUGCUUGGUUUGAUCAUCAACUUGUCCAAUGUCACCUCUCCAGCCCUUCAGGAUCAUGCUGUUUCACUCUGUGACUGCUGUCUGGGCUUGCUGCAGGAUAGUGAUGGAGGAGUUAUAACAAGAGCCGCAGGUGUGCUGAGCACUGUCCUCCCUCAGUCCUCGGAGGCUGUCCUGCAUGUUAUUGAGGGGGGUGUGGUUCGGACCAUGCGUUGGCUACUAAAGGGAACCGGGCAGGCUGCUACUAAGUAUGCCAUUAAGACUCUGACAGUGUGUACUGCUGCCAGUCAGUUGGCUCGGGAGGAGCUGUUGAAGUCUGAUAAAAAACUGUCAAUUUUGCGUCGUGUGCUGGGUUCCAGCUGUGAUGAGAUGGUAACAGGAAACGCAGCCCUGUGCCUGGCUCAUUGUCUUGAGUUGGAGGGAAUUGCCAGCAAUCUGCUGGGCACUGAUAUUGUGCCGCUACUUCUUCGCCACGCUGCAGGGGACGCUAAGAGGACAGCUGUGAGGCAAAAUGCAGCCAUCGCUCUUGGGAAGCUGUGUCGCUCUGAGCCCAGGUGCCCUCUCACCUCACUCUAUAAACCACAUGCUGUUGAUUACAUCUACCAAACUAGCCUGAAGGAGAACUAAUAGACCAGAUAAAAUUCCACACUGACAUUAGGGUAGAUAUGGUGAUGCAACAUUAUAGCUUUGGUUAGAGAUAUUGGUAACACACAAGGCAAAUCUAUGACGUUUAGCACAUGUUGACUAAAGAUAAUCAAUUCUUUUUUAGGUUGUCCGUUCAGUAUUUGCAUCUCAAAUAUAGGACUAAUGAUUUAUUUGGUAUGAAAACCAUUUCUUUAUUUCUUAAUGAACCCUUUAUGUUUAUCAUAUU